AAACCCUUCAUGGGCCACUUUCCAUUUCAGCUUCCAUCUUGAGAGCAGAUAAGAAUUCAGUUACUUACCUGUUGCUCAUGACGUCACGAACCCAUCAUGACGUCACGAAACCCAAACCAGCUUGAGAGCAAGAAUCCGCGAGAGAACCCGCCCGACUUGCGCAGGUGUUAGUGUCGGGGCGAGCAGACGGAGGCGAAUGGCCGAAGGAACGACGACGUAGCGCCACUUCCGACCCGCGCACUCAUGCUGGACGCCACGAACACCAUGGACGAGGACGUGAAAGUGCUAGAAGUGGUGUCGGACGCAGAGGAAGUGGAGAGCGAGCACGAGGAGGGCGAGAUCAGCGAGGACGAUGACGAGGACGAGGAGGACGAAGUGGUGGGACUCUCUGGCCAGCAGCACUUCCCUCACCAUUAUCCCUCAGCAUGCACAGAGAUUGCAGUUCCCUCUUUGUCUCGAGGAACUACAACACUAAGGUCAAGCAGCAUCCGCCACGUAUUUUCUGGGAGGAUUCUGGCAUCGACUGAUUCCUUAUUUGGUGAAAAACCUCCUAGAUCAUCAUUGUCCUUAACUAAAACCAACGUUGCAAUCACACACAUCAGGACAGAAGAAUCGGCUCUGAACUAACUCAA